GCGCACGGCCCCGCGCCGCCGACCGCCGCCGAGGAGCCGCCGAGGAGCCGCCGCCGCGGGGCGGCAGCAGAUACAAUGAUGACACUGAAGGUUCAGACCCUGUUUGGCCUCCUUUGCUGCGUGAUCCUUCUGCCUGCAGACGGCUUCCCAGCAGACAGCAGUACCGAGUUCCGCUCUGCUUUCUCCGUGGCCAGGACCAGCAGCAUGGAAGGGAGCUCCGAGAUGGUCAUUACCUUUGACAAAGUGUAUGUGAACAUUGGCAACGACUUUGACCCCAAGACUGGAUUGUUCCGCUGCCGGAUCCCUGGAGCCUACUACUUCUCCUUCACUGUGGGGAAAUACCCAAAGAAAAACCUGUCUGUCAUGCUGAUGAGGAACAAGAAUGAGGUGCAAGUGAUCGUGUACGACGAACACCACCGCAAGGAGCGGAAGGUGGCCAGCCAGAGUGCCAUGCUGCAGCUCGACUACGGCGACACGGUUUGGCUGCGUCUGCACGGAGAUCCCAAGUACGCUCUUUACAGCAAUGUUGGCCCCUAUACGACUUUCAACGGCUACCUGAUCUAUCCAGACACUUCUGCCUUCUUCCAGAACGCUCUUAGCUCACAAGAGCUGGGGCCACACCGUCACUCUCUCCAGCAGCUUCCCGGGGAGCAGAACGAAGCUCCACAGCGUCACGUGUUCCCCGCUCAGCCUGACAGAGGACAAGACCCUCGCUCUGCAUUUUCCGUCGCCCGCUCACAAAGUCUCCUGGGGGCAGAUGACAAGCAAACCCAGCACGAGCCAAUCACAUUUGACACAGAGUUUGUGAACAUUGGGAAAGAUUUCAAUUCCUCCACUGGCAUCUUCUCGUGCCGUAUACCCGGCGCAUACUAUUUUUCCUUCACCAUCGGUAAGAUGCCCUUUAAGACUAUGUCGGUGAAACUGAUGAAGAACCACAACGAGGUGCAGGCCAUGAUCUACGACGACAACCACUCCAAGAGGCGGGAGAUGCAGAGCCAGAGCAUCAUGCUGCCUCUGCAGUAUGGGGACACCGUUUGGCUCUACAGCCAUCAGCACGACGGCUAUGGUGCCUACAGCAACCAUGGCAAGUACAUCACCUUCACGGGCUUCCUGAUCUAUUCAGAGGCUCAGCCAAAGCGGCUUCCAGGUGCCAGCUCAUCCCAAGGGUCAAAUAAUUAAGCACAGAUGUGAAAGGAGCAUAAGAAAAGCCAAGAUGCCAUGAACUUGGGCAUAGCCCCUCUUCGAGUAUCAUCCUCUACUUUGAGCAUGCUGUCGUGUGUCCAGUGCUUUCCCUACGCUGCACGCUUGUGCCCUGCCCGCAGGGCUGCUGCUGUGCCUGCCAUUCAUCCAUAGAAAGGUGUCUCCAGGUUGUAUGUGUGUGUCCUGUGUCGGUGUUUGGUCUAAGCAUAACGCAUGAGGUAGUUUAGGGUCGGGAAUGGGACAGGGGCGGCACAAGGGAGAUGCUGAGGGUCAGAGAACUGCUGCGGUUCAUGCUGCUGCGGGAGCAAAGGAUGUGGUGGCUGUCCCUGUGUG